CGCUUUGCUGUUAUGCUAUGUUUACCAUUUUAAUAGAAAGCCUAAAAUAUGUCAACCUCGCAGGAAGACGAAAUGGCAACAGUGCCAUGUGUCCUCAUCACGAGCUGUGAUCCCGGGUUCAAAGAGGAAGAACUGGUUAAACAGAUCUUGGGCGUUUCGUCGUUGCCUGCGCCCUCCGAACAGCAGGGGGCAGUGAGCUGGUAUCCCUGGACCAUCAAUAAUAAGUACUACACAGCCCAGGUCAGCCUAUGUGUUGUGCCCAGCACCUUUCAGAUGACCAGGGAGAUUGCCCAGUCUAUGCAAGCCUUCAUUGUCUACUUCGACAGCGCUGUGGUUGGGGGUCUCGACAGGGUAUCCUCCUGGCUGCCCAUAGUGGAGGAUCUGGCUCCGGAGGUGCUGAUCCUGGUGUGUGACCAUGUGUGUGACAGCGGAAUCGGUAGACAGCAAGCACAGCAGUGGUGUCUGGCGCAUGCCUUCGAACUGGUGGAGCUCAACCCUGAAGAACUGCCGGACGAGGACGAUGACUUCCCGGAAUCGACUGGGGUGAAGCGGAUCGUCCAGGCGCUCAAUGCCAACGUGUGGUCGAGCGUGGAGAUGAAAGAUGAGCACAACCAAGGGUUCGGCCUGAUGAGCAGCCUGGUGGCGUCCCGGCACAACAACCCCCGUCCCAGCCAGGAUUCACCAUCCUCCCAUCUGCCAGUAGAGGGCGGCAUUGCCAGCACAGGAGUGGAGAGGCCGGAGACUGCAGGGAAUGGUGACUCACAGGUUGAUUCGCGAGUGGACCCCAUGACCGACAUGGACAUCCAGGAGCUGGCCAGCCUGACCACAGGGGAUGCAGACGUGGAGAACUUUGAGCGCCUCUUCACCAAGCUUAAAGAGAUGAAAGAUAAAGCCUCCUCCUUACCUCAUGAGCAGAGGAAAGUACACGCUGAGAAGGUUGCCAAAGCGUUCUGGAUGGCGAUUGGUGGAGACCAGGACGAGAUUGAUGGACUUUCCUCAGGGGAAGAGAGUUGAGGCCCAGCUGACGCUGGCCAAGAUGACACUCCUCCCUCACCUCUGCAGUUACUGCCCGCUCUGGUCACACUCCCUUCCCUGGCCUCACGCUGGGUGCAGCAUGCCCACAACAGGCUGGGUCUCCUCCGCUCAGACACAGCCACAGCCAGAGAGAGAGAGUGGGCGGGAGGCUGAAGUGGUCGAGAGGAACAGGCUCUUUCUAAUUUUAUUUUCCACCAUUUCAGUUUCCCCUCUCUGCCCCUAACAACCUAAAUUAUCUGGCACUGGCCAAUCACAGCUGCAGGUUCAGUUAAAAAAAUAAAAAAGAUCAAUCUUCCAAUGUGAGGUAGGGGGCAGGGGGUGCAUGAAGAACAGUACUGGAAAAAUACAGGAGUUCUCCCAUUGGGCAGGUUUGCUCCACUGGUUUGAUUGAUACUUUAGCUGAAUCCCUCAUUUGCACUUUCUGCAAUGCUGGUGAUUUGUAAAGGACUUAAUGGUCACAUUGCCCUCAGUGUAAAGCACUGCACAGAGAUAGAUUUUAUGUGAUUUGUAUUCUAGUCUUUGCAUCUAAAGACAAUUUAUCUUAUUUAAGAUACUGUUGUCCCACUACAGAACUGAACUAGAGUGUGAGGGGAAAACUGCACCUUCCCCCCAAGCCAAGAGUAUAAUCAAGUACCUUUCUCACCAUUGUGUGCAUACAAUUCAUACGCAAGACAUUCAUUCAUCUUGCCUACAUACAAUUGUCCCAUAACCGAUCAAAGAAACAUGUGAAUGUGUCAUUUUUGCCAUGUAAAAACAAUAAAAGAAAUAAGAAACCUA